GAGCCGCAACACUGUAAAGUCUCAAACAACAGCAGAGCGAAAGAGAGGAAAAGAUCUAGUCAGAUGGUGAAAACAGGUGGCGAGAAGAGGACGAGGCAAGAGAGAAAAAACAGGUUGUAGUUAUCUGUACCAUGGCUGGGAGGUGGUUGGGAGUGGUGUGUCUGAUGAUCGUUAUGGAGUUCCCUGCCAUGGUGAUGCCAACACCAGGUCUUCCACUGCCUGACAUUGCCGAUGAACAGUUUAUAGAUGACUGUGUGAAAAGCCACAACCUCAAACGGUCUAGCGUGAAACCGCCAGCGAGCGACAUGCGUUAUAUGACUUGGGAUGGCGCACUGGCAAUAACGGCAAGAGCGUGGGCAAGAAUGUGUGUCUACAAGCACAAUAUUUACCUGAGGGAUGUGAAGAAGGUGCACCCCACCUUUAAGUCUGUGGGGGAGAAUCUCUGGGUAGGAUAUCCACCUAGCAGCUUCUCUGUGGAGAAGGCCAUGAAGUUAUGGGUGGAUGGCGAGUCAAUAUACUAUGAUUAUGCCCACAACUCCUGCAAACCAGGUGAAAUGUGUGGCCACUAUACUCAGGUGGUGUGGGCCAACAGUUCUAAAGUUGGGUGUGCUGUCCAUCUUUGUCCUAAUGGAGUCGAAGGCUUCAAGAAAGGUCCUCCCACUGCUUAUUUUGUGUGCAACUACUCCCCAGCGGGGAACUAUCAGGGUGAGAAGCCAUAUCGGACGGGACAGCAAUGCAGCAAAUGUGCUGCUGACACAUGUGAAGGCUCACUCUGCCGUAACCCAACAAGAGACGAAAUCAGAGGCUACAACUGGAGCCCAGAAUGGGAUCCGGAGAAGACCACCUGCGGUAGCUUCUGCCUGGCAGUGCUCGUCUUGAGGCCAGUAGCUCUUCUGGUCAUCUUCGCCUCCGCGUACACAAUCAAGAUGCAGUACCCAGACAUAUUUGUCUAUGAAUGACACACGUAAUGCACAGGCUUGGGGCUUUGAUGCUCCAUGCCAGGCAGUCCUGUUCUCCUGAUCUGACUUUUUUUUGUUGUCAACAGCAGUUACUUGAAAAUUGACCCCUAUGUCUGUGCCUUUUAGUAUGCUCUUAUGAAAACUAGAUCUGCUAUGUACGUUAAGUAGAUCUACAUCGGGGGAUAGGAGAGAAGGCCAAUAACAUAGGUAAUUCAUAGACAGAGUCUGAGUAAACCCAGCCCAAUAUGUUGGCAAUUGGAUUUCACCCUGCAGCUCAGGCUGGAAACCUGCAUGCUUCCUUUCCACGUUUGCUGGAACCAAUCUCAAACUGGCUUAUCCACCAGGCACCAUACCACUCAGAUCGUUGGUCUGAUUGGAUUUGAACUGUGCCCAUUGACCACGCCUCUUGUGCAGUAGAAAUACUUUGCGCAAUGCAGACUCCCCAGACUGUUCAGUCUCAAAAGAGCUUAGGCUGGUGAUAGCCAGGCCACUUGUCUUUGUUAUUUGUUUUUAAAGCUUCUUUAGAGUUAUGCUAUAUCAAUGUAUUCAGCUGAUAGAUAGCCUAGUGAGUGGCAAUUUAAUUAUUCUAUGUUUUCACUCAAAUUUCCAUGGUGUGGAAAACCACAGUAGUUAAUUAUUCCAUAUUCUUUCCCACUUGUGUUAGCACCUAGUCAAUACUGGACCCACAUUAAUAAUUAUGUCAAAGGAAAACAAUAACAAAAAUAAAAUAGUAACCUUUCUAGGGCCCAGGAGAAGUACAAGUUUCUAUUUCAGGGAAUAUAGGUUAUUAAAAAAGUAUUUUAUAAAACAUUUCUUCCAUUAUUUCUAAUCUGUGUUUCACAGCUUUAUUGUCCUUGUCGACUGAAAAUAAUGGUCUCCAUUACAGGAAGCUUAUCCUUUGUUGUUCUUCUUCUUUUCAUCUGAGGGUCUGGGCUGAGGCAUGGGGGGUGCGCCAAGCUUCUUGUUCUUAGCUUUUUUCACUUUGUCUUUAGGCCUGGAUGUCAAUUUUAGAUUCUGUUGUGUCUGCAAAGAAAAAAAGUAAAUUCUUAUAAUUUCAAAUACAGUACAUCAACUAAAACAACUCAAAGAAAACAA